UCCUCCGCCGCUUCUCCGCAGCCUCGUAUGUUUACACUUUCCUCAAAAAACGUUAAUUAAUAGAUGUCUUUUCCUCGGGAUGCGUUUAAUCUUUAUCUUGAGGUGAUGAGCGAGUGAUAUGAGAGAGAGAAGAAGAGAAAAGAAGAAGCGAAGAAGAGAAGAGAGCCAAGAGAACAAGGAGGCGCAGGAAGGAGAGAGUAUUCCAAGUGAGUGUGUUAAGAAAAACUGAAGAUAUUGUGCAAAUUAAUGAUUAAGGAAGGAAAGAGGAACAGAACUUGAUAAAUAAGAGUAAAACCAAGUGUGAUUUUACGAUCGGAAAGAAGAAAACAUAAAAAUGAUCUCCUGGACUUUGUUUUCUUUGAUAUAUACGCAACUUUGAGUAAAGAUAAAGUGAAAUUUAAGGGUUCGUUGACCUGCAAAUUUGUGUUGAAUAUAGCCAUAAGGGCUAGCUUGCCAUAAGGGCUAGCUUGCCAUAAGAAGAGGCUAUUCCCACAGAUUUGCAGGUUUAGAGAGCAGUCAGUAUGGACCCUCUCUUCCUCAAUCUGAGCCUGCCACAGCAGGCUGUUGCUGCCACUUCCACACCUCCGGUUGCAAAUCAGGUUAAUGGCCUUCCACAGGAGUCAAAACUCGCCACAUAUAUUAGUAAUCGACACCAGCUGCCAGCCACCACACAACCACAGCAGCAGCAACAGGAGCAUUCCCUCACCAAGAGCAUUGCUGCUCUCAGCCUGGAUGGGGUUGGAACGAGGAAAAUCAGUGUGCCAUCAGUGAGUAGUAUAGCAGAGUUUGUGCCUGGGUCAGGUGGAAGUGCUGGCCUGGCCCACUCUGCCUCCACGCCCUCCUUCCAUUCGUUCACUGGCCUCGGCUCCCCCUCCACACCAUCCUCGCUGAGCUUCACCCCUAUGACGGGCACUUCCCCAGCAGCCACAGUGGCAUCUCCCCAACGGCCUGUUUCUCCCCAAGGGUCACCCAGUAGGGGACGGCACUCCCCUCUGGUGGGGGGUGGAGACGACACAAGCAAUGCUUCCAGUUUGUCCACCUACCAAGAGAAUGUAGGGGGCACCACCUACUUCUUCACUGCCCAGGACCAGCAGUCGUUCACAGCUGGGGCAGCACCUUCGCCUGCCCCAUUCACAGCUGGUCCGCCUCCCCUGGUGUUCCCACCUUAUCACAUUCUACCGCCCACACCUGCCCAUAUCCACCACUUGCGUGCACCCAGCAACACGCCGCACUUCUUUAUGGGGGAUGAAUUGCGGCAUGACCUGUUGGAGAGACACGCUCUUGCUCUGGCUCAUGUUGACCCAGAGAAUUUUCCUGAUUUACCACAAGAGGUUGACAUGUACCAUGAGUUGGUACCCGUUGAACCUCAGCCUGCGAUAAACAAAUCAUCUAUGUUUGGAUAUGCUACCUCCGUUUACAAGGCGACCAAUAUCAAGACAGGGCUUCAUUACUGCCUUUAUCGUAUUCAUGGCUAUCGGCUGAGUAACGUGAAGGUCACCCAGCUGGUGGAUCUGUGGAAGAAAAUUCAACAUUCCAGUGUAACUCAGUUGCGAGAAGUGUUCACCACAAAGGCCUUUAAUGAUAACUCAAUUGUGUUUGUCUAUGACUAUCAUGCCGGAGCAGAGACCUUGGCUGCUCGUCACUUCUCCUCACCAGCAGCACUGACUGCCAGUGGUUGGGAGGGGCUGAUCAACUCCCAUGGAGGGACAAGCGGGAACAGUCCCCAUGACCCAUCGUCCAGGAGCUUACACAAGAGCCAUCGCCACAAUUCCGGGAACAGUCUGUUGCCAGAGGCGACCCUCUGGAACUACAUAAUCCAACUCACUGGGGCAUUGAGGACCAUCCACACUCAGGGUCUCGCUUGUCGCACACUAGACCCAUCCAAAAUUCUCCUUACAGACAACAAGUCAAGAAUCAGGGUGAACUGCUGCGGGAUUCUUGACGUGUUAAACUUUGAUCCGAAUGCUGCCAACCCCCUGGCCAACAUGCCUCAGUAUCAGCAAGAGGAUUUAGUGAACCUUGGGAAACUAAUGGUGGCUCUGGCAUGCAAUUCCAUUCUGGCUCUGCAGCGAGACAACAUCCAGGCAGCUCUGGAACUCAUCAACAGAUCAUACUCACGGGAUUUGGCCAUGUUGGUAGUUUGUUUGCUCACCUCACAGCGCAUCAAAAGCAUUAAUGAUGUUAUGCCAAUGAUUGGUGCCAGGUUCUACACUGCUCUAGAGAGUGCCACGCAGAGAGCUGAUGUUUAUGAGAGUGAGCUGUCCAAAGAAAUACACAAUGGUAGACUUUUCCGUCUUUUGACAAAGUUGAAUACCAUUGUUGAUCGACCAGAACUCAAUAUGGACACAGCCUGGUGUGAGACAGGAGAUAGAUAUAUGCUGAAACUCUUCCGUGAUUAUGUGUUCCAUCAGGUAACUGAUGAUGGAAGACCGUGGUUGGACUUGGGACAUGUGGUGACUGUUCUGAAUAAGUUAGAUGCAGGGUCUCCUGAUAAGAUUUGUUUGAUGUCUCAUGAUGAGCAAAACAUCCUGGUGACCUCCUAUGCAGAAUUAAAAAGGUGCUUCGAACGCUCCUUUGCAGAGCUGCUGCAGGCAGCAUCUUCACACAAGGCAACAUAACCCUAUACAAAGGGGUGGUUGACUUCUUGACCCUCCAAUAAGCAAUGGGAAACAAUCAUCUCAAAGCCACUUAUUUUAUCUGAUGGAAUUUACUCAUUUUUUGAUGCAUCGGAGGGGUUGGGAAAAGGGAUGAAGAUGAAGGUACAGUAGUGGUAAUGGUCCAUGUAUUAAACUUACCUUUUUUAUUUUUUAUUCUCAAUUUUUUUUAAUCCAUGUAAAAUAAAAGACAAGUUUAUUUUGCUACUAAAUAACCAUUGGUGAAGACUGUUUGUAACUUGAAUCAGUGAAAGUUUUGUGUCAUUGAUUGAAGAGCAGUGAGGUUUCUUCUCUGUAGAAUUGUAUUAGGACUUGGUUUUUGGCUGGUCUGAGCUGGGAAGAUGAAAGUUUCAGUGAGGAUUGUACACGGGAAGACAUAGAAUGGACGUUAAUGCUCUCGCAGUUAUUAAUAUUAUUUAUUAAUUAUUUAUUACUUCAUAGCCAGUAUGCAACAACAGUCAUAAGUAAAAGAUCAUUUUUUGGCAUUAUACAUCUUACUCAGUUGUUUUUCAAAUGAUUAGUCUUGGAUUCAAGGGCAAGUUAUGAAUAAUGCUGAUUUGCAGUUAAGGCUAAUUCUAUCAGCCAGACUUAGUGAUUGUGUGUAUAUAAGUUCGAAAGUAGUGAACUGGAUAUCUUGUGUAUGAGUAUUGUAUCAAUUACAAGUAUUGCUGCUGUCUAGGGUGUAAUACAUCAAUCAGUAGUAGAAAGAUAGGCCUCUUGUGUACAUUGAACUAAGCAAUAGAUUACUUCCAGCACUUGUGGAGAGAGGACUUAGGAAGCUGUUUUCCAGAAGGAUAUUUCAGAGAUAAACACAUUUUUAGGAUAGGGGUAAUGUUAAAGCUGUAUGUGUAGGGAAAAAUGUAAUGCAAAAAAAGGCAAAAAAAAAAAGCAAAAAAAACUAAUGCAUU